AUGGACGUAAACAUAAAAAACAGCUUCGCCGUCCACCUUGAGGAUCGCCCGGAGCACGAGUGCCUGACCCGUUUCAUCUCCAAGUUCAUGGAGGCAGGCAUGGAGAAAGUGGAUCGGGUCAUGGACCUCUACAUGGAAUACUCAGACAGGGUAGAGCAGUUCGAGGCGAACGAGCAACAGAGGGCCGCUAGGGACGAGGAGGAAGGAGACAGCGAUGACGACUCCGAGACGCUCGAGUCUCGCAGACUGGAGGCGGGGGCCUACACGCAGCAACGCCUGGCCGUCGUCAUGGUGGUCAUCGCCGCGCACAGCUCCGCGGUCGCCCGGAGGAUAAACGAAAAGCUGCACCAGCACGGUUGGAGGCUCGGGCACGUCCGAGCGGUGCUGGAGAAGUACAUCCAGAACCUCGGCCCGGGCUCCCGCCAGCGCGGACGCCUGGAGGCGCUCCUCCCGGACGCGGAGACAGAAGCACCAGCAGCACCAGGAAGCACCGGCGCGGGUAGUAGUAGUGGCGACGACACGCCGCCUCCGCCGCCGGCUGACGACGACGAUGAUGAUGUGGACAUGAAUGUUGAGGAUGGUGGCACGCCGCCGCCGCCGCCGCCGCCACCGCGGCGUUCGGCGUCCCCCCCCCCUCCGCCGCCUCCGCAGGAUGAUGGCGACGACAAGUCCCCGGCGCGGCCGCCACGCUCGCCCCCGGGUGCCGACGGCGGAAGCGGCAGUCGGAGGAACGGCGGCGGCGGGGGGGGGGGGAGGGGCUCCCAGACCGGGAUGGCGGGUUCUGAGGAAAAGAACCGGGGCGGGGGAGACCCCCCGGGGGGAGGGGAGCGGGAUCGUGACAACGACAGCCGAGGAGGACGGCGCGGUGGUGAUGGUGAAAGGCGGGGGGACAGGAGAGGGGGUGAAAGGAGGGGGGACAGAGGCAGGGAUGACCGCCGUGACGACAGGCGCCGGUAG